CACCUGACCUGUACCACACCAGUCAGCUGACGACUACCGAGGUGUGAGGGUGUGUAGCGGCAGUGUGUUGAGACCUGGGGCCACGUGCUGUGACUUCAGACGAUAACACCUUGAGAAGCGGUGUAAGGAGACUAUGUAUGGACGGUGACAAUGUGCUGUUGGUAUGGUCAUCAGUACUGAAGACGUUUACUAACUUCCAAUGUGUAAAAUAGAAGAAAAUUGUUUCAGCUGUCGGCCUAAAGCAGUACAGUAAUUGAACAUUUGAACAAGCAGUAACCUCAUCUUUCGGUUCAGCAGACGACACACUCGGCUAGUGAACAGCUAGUUGUGAACAGUGAACGUAUGACAUAGCUCUGGUGAAUACACAUGUCAAUAGUGAACAUACAAAGUAAAUAUUCAAAUAUAAGGUGGGACAGUGAACAGUGAAGGAAAAGCAGUGAGUUAUUGGCUGUGUCAAGAGAGAGUGAUAACAAAAGCUAGUGAAGGAGGUGAUAGUGAACCGGUGAUGGUGAAGGAAGGUGAAUAAUAAACUGACAGUGAUAAUGAUAGUUAAUAAGAGGUGGAAAAAUAAACUGUUAAAUUAUGAUGAUGGUGAAGGAAAGUGAAGAAUGAACAGGUGAUAGUGAUGAUAAUGGUGCAUGAAGGUGAAAAGAAUUUACAUAUUUUGAUGAUGAAGUUAGUGACCGAAAGUGAACAAUGAACAUGUCAGCAACACCACCGCCCGCCCGCCGUCGGGUAGAGGUGACGGUCCGUCGGGCACAGAGUGAACGUCGGUACCUCAGCCCGUGGCAGGCCUCCACCACCCCGCGGGCCACUCUGCCACACCCGACGACCUUCCUCCACCACCACGCCCCGCGCACCGCCAUCAUCCCCCACGUUCACCCAUGCCCUCAGCAUCACCCACCGCGGGUAGCAGGACAGUCACGGUUCAUGGAUCUCUGGGGCUCUAUGAGGUACAGGCCGCUACCUCCAGUGACGCGCGCCCAGCUGCCCCCACUGGCUCUAGGCUCGCCACCCUUGACACUUGGAUCGCCACUGGCACUAGGUUCGCCGCCUAUAAUGUUAGGGCAGCCGCCCAUGGUGAUGCCAGCCAUGACCCUGGAGGACAGACUCGCCCAGGACAGGUUGUCAGCCUACCUGGUGGGGGAGACGCCGCCCCACACACCACGCUCUAUACUCACCUGCCCAGAGUCGCCGCUGUACGAGUCCCUCAUCUCCUGCUUCUCUGACCAGGAAGACGUGAUGACCUUCCCGGACACAGAGAUAGAGCACGAGUACCAGCAGAUCCAGGUGGUUAAUGGGGUGCCUGAAGAGACACUGCAGGAGGAGGAGGUGACAGUGUCGUGCUCCUCGAUUCAAGAUGACAACCAAGAGCACAGAGAGGCCAAGGCAGGGAAUGACGUGUGCUCCCAGUCGCCUGUGUGCCAGCAGCAACAGGGAAAAACAGUGCCGAGAAAACUGAACACCCUGGACGUGAGGCCGGAGAAACAUCACAAUAAAGAGACGGAAGGUACUGAGGAUGUGUCAUGCACCAUCAGUUCAGUGAGCGCGAGGAGCGAGGACACGAGUGGUUCUCCUCUACCCAAGACAACGAGGAGUUCCUCUCAGUCGCUCUCUUCCUCCUCACACGAGAGUCACAAAAGUGCCAUUUACAUCACCAACAACAACCCCGGCAAUUACGACCCAGACGUAGACAACUCGAGUGGCAUCACCGUCUCGGACAUGUACAGCGAGACGAGUCGACCACCAACAGUGAUCCAUGUCUCGAGUACCAACAAUAAGAGCUUGGUGGAUCACCACAGUUCACAUGACACUGAAAAUAGAGUCGACAGAAAAACUAGCGUGAAGAGUAACUCGAGCUUUUCCACGAGUGAAGAUAAUUACCAGGUUCCCUCGCAGACCAACUACACCUCGUCUUCAGGUUCCUCUAAAAUCAACCUGAAGGCGAACCACUCCGUCAAGGGGUCGCGAGACAGCGUUAGUGACCCAGCAGGCAAAGUCCAGGUGAUGGUUCGGACUAAACCUCCUGAGGUGGUCCGCCCGCCGCUGACUAUAGAACUGCCGGAGACUAAAGAGCCAGGCAGAGGACCGUGGAGCCCUGACCAUCACACUCGCUGCCGGACGAACAAGUCCGGCCAGGCGUGCUGCUUCAGCUCGGCGCCUCACAUCAUAACAACACUUGACCCACCCAUCAGGCUGGCACGACCCGCGUCAAGACCUUACUCUGACAACAAGACCUUCCGUCACAACACCAUGACGGCGCCACACCCCAACUAUAUUCCUCCCUUGGUGGUCAACUUUGAUUCGGAAUAUUCAGACACCGACGACGACUCAGACACGUCGACAACAAGCACCCUGAACGACAGCACGUCCUUAUACCUGACGGAAGGCGACUCCAGCUCCAUAUAUUCAUCAGUGGCGGAGAUCUACUCGGUGCUGACCACAGACCCAGAGUCCCUGGUGUAUGUGUACCGGCCGCCCCCUCGACGCUAUGGCUACUUCCAGCACCGGGACUCUCUCACCUACAGGUUCCCCAGCUACGUUCUGGCCAGGAGUGGCAACAACAACGGCGGCGGCAGUAGUGGUGGCAGCAGGCGGGUCGUCAUCGGAGUCGUCGUGGGCUGGCUGUGGCGGCGGCUGUGGGGUGUCAUUCGUGGAGCCUUGUUAUGGACCCACCGUGUCUUUCGUGGAGCCCACCUACCGCCCUUCCAACUUGUCGGUGGGCUCUCGUGGCCACCUCAAGAUAGACUACUCGUGGUCAUGGAACAGACUGGACGACUUCGUGAGGACGACCAGCCCACGGGGGGGAACUACUGGGCACUACGGAGGACGUCAACCACCCACUUGGCCCUACCCUGGGAGACCUGGCUAAAGGGCGGCCUCUCCCUCCCCCAUCCCCUUCCUCCACUCCAUCCCCUUCCCUCGCCUCUAUCCCCCCUCCCCAUCUCCCUACCUUCCCUAAUCCCCUCUCCUCCAUCCUCCUCCUCUCUCCUCCCCCUAUCAUACAGCCUAACAUAGACUCAGUAACGGUAAACACACUAUAUAAACAUUGCUUGCUUGUGUGUCACAUAAAGCUACAAACAUUACCUACUGUGACGUCACUUAUCACACACACACAGGUAUAGGAGGUUCGAUCCCAGGGUCUCCAAGUUGCCAGGCCAGUGUGAUAACCACUCCGCCACGACCAACAUUCACUACAGCUUCUACUUCGCUUUAAUUUUAGUGUUCUCUUAACUUCUUGUUACGUAGAGAUAAUGAGAGAUAGAGAUAAUGAGAGAGAGAUAAUGAGAGAUAGAGAUAAUGAGAGAUAGAGAUAAUGAGAGAUAGAGUUAAUGAGACAUAGAUAAUGAGAGAUAGAGAUAAUGAGAGACAUAGAUAAUGAGAGAUAAUGAGAUAAAGCGAGUUAUUGUAUAGAAACUAGUUUAUAUCUGUAUUGUCAGUAUAUUAUGUGUGUAUAGAAAUGUACUGUAUAUUGUGCUGAAAUGUUCUUAUUAUACUGAUAGUCUGUGAUAUUUAAUUAAAUGUAUAUUAACAGUU